AUUUUAAAUUCAUGAUACAAUUGCAGCUUUAAUGGAGGCAUACUAGUUUUGUUAUAUGAACCAUCAUCCUACGAUCCAUGCAACUAUGAACAAAGAGAAUAGAUCUUCCGAAGUCAUAGGCCCCACAGUGCGAGUCACACGAGCUCGGGCUAAAGCCUUUGGCUCUUCAGGAGGAUUGCCACCUUCGUAUCCUUCAACCAAACAGGAUGGGAAACGGGUUUUGCAAACAAACUCCAAAAGAGCAGCAUCUGACGAGAACAAACCUGGUGCAAGUUCCUCUGCAUUUUCUCAGCAUAAGAAGAGGGCCGUUCUAAAAGAAGUAACUAACAUACUCUGUGAAAAUUCAUACAGAAACUGCAUUAAUGCAACAAAAGUUCAGCUUAGCAAACUGGAUAGAAGAGGCACUGCGAGAAAAAAUGCAAGGGUGGCACAUGCUGUUUCUUUUAAAGAGUCUCAGGUUCCAGAGGAUAGAAGAGAAAACAUAACAGAAGAGAUUAAUGCAGUACAGGUGGAGGAAUCACAAGAUAAUUGCUUCCCUGUAAAUUUCAAAGAGUUAGUAACAGUUCAACCUAGUGAAUUUGUCAGCUCAACGGAAAAACAAAAUUCUAGAGAAAGCAGAUUCUGGAGUAAACAAGAAAACAUGGAUAAUGUGGGCAUUAUGGAUAUAGAUUCAAAACACAAGGAUCCACUGAUGUGCAGCAUGUAUGCCCCUGAUAUAUAUAGAAAUUUGCACGCAACGGAGUUUGACUGGAGGCCUUCUGGCAAUUAUAUGGAAAAGCUGCAGCAAGACAUCAACCCAGGCAUGCGAGGGAUACUGAUUGAUUGGCUUGUGGAGGUUUCUGAAGAGUAUAGGCUGGUCCCAGACACACUUUACCUCACUGUAAAUCUUCUUGAUCGGUUCCUGUCUGAAAACUAUAUUGAAAAGCAGAAAUUGCAAUUGCUUGGUGUAACUUGCAUGCUAAUUGCUUCAAAAUAUGAAGAAAUAUGCGCACCUCGUGUGGAAGAGUUUUGCUUUAUAACAGACAAUACCUACACAAAAGAAGAGGUGGUGAAAAUGGAAAGUCGUGUUUUGAACUUUUUGGGUUUUCAAUUAUCUGUUCCCACUACAAAGAAGUUCCUUAGGAGAUUCAUUCAAGCAGCACAAGUUUCAUAUGAGGUUCCAUCUGUUGAACUGGAAUUCUUGGCAAAUUAUUUAGCAGAGUUAACACUAACCGAGUACAGUCUCCUGGAGUUUCUUCCAUCCCUGGUUGCUGCAUCUGCUGUAUUUCUAGCCAGAUGGACUCUAGAUCAAUCAGACCAUCCAUGGAAUUCGACUCUGGAGCAUUACACCAACUACAAGGCAUCGGAGAUGAAAAUCACUGUUCUCGUGUUGCAAGACUUGCAGCUAAACACUCAUGGAUGCAAGUUGCCAGCAAUACGUGAAAAAUAUAAACAAUCUAAGUUCAAGUGUGUGUCUACUCUCAGCUCUCCAAAACCCGUUCAAUCACUUUUCUAGCAUAAUCAAUUUUCCUAGUCGAUGACCAGAUGCAAUAGCUACAAAUGACAUUUUGCUUCUCAGAGAUGCUCUCGUACCGAUGCUAGAAUCCUCCAGUCUUCAUUUUAUUCUCUCAUGCUUACUGAUGUUGGGAAAAUGCCAGUAUAUCAACUGACACAUAGCUGGACACCAUGGAACGCACUUCCAUUCUUUAUUCAUUCAUCUUGCAAAUUCGUACCGAUGUUCAGUUCUGAUGGCACUGAAGCUUUGUAAAAUGAAGAUGUAAAGGAGAGAAUGAUGUUGGCUAGUUAAUUUGUAAGAGGUGUUUUUAGCAUAUUUUAGCAGACUCAGACCUUUAUAAUUUCUAGUCAACUUAUUCCAGACCAGCUACUUGCUGGGCAUUAGGCCUUAGCUAUUUAAAGAUCCUUUCUGUAUAAAUACUCAAAAUGCUGUGUAACUUUCUAAUUUAUCAAUGAAAUAAAUGAUUUUUAAUGCU